ACGCAGCACGGUGAAUCUGGCUCUGCAGACUCAGCAGAACAUGAUCAUCAGACUCAGUAGGCCUAUUGUGGAGCUGCCGCCGGCUGGUCUUCAUUGUGCUGCUGGUGCACAGAAUAGAAAACACACGGAGGAGUAGGCUACAAAUAGUUUCUCACUCGGUCUGGAGUGAUGUUUGAAAAGACUGCUGGGUCAUAAGGACGGGCGAGAUGUUGCAGAGGGUUUCGACUGUUGGCUUUUACCUUCUGCAUUAGGACAAGUAGCCUGAAGUUCCACUCUUCUUCCUCCCAAUAAAUGAGCGAUGAAGAAGAUGGUGAUCCAGGCCUCCUGUAGGAAGGGUCUGCAGGUGUGUUUGUACUUACUGAUGGUGGGAAGAUUACAGGGCCGGGUAACAGCACCUGAGCGUCUGGAAGCUCCAGUGGAGAAGCCCUUCACUCUCACUUGCAGCGUUGUGAGGGACCGAGGAGAGACUCUAAGGCAGGUGCGUUGGCUGGAUGGCCAAAACCAGACCCUUCUGAGCUACCAGCCUGGUGACAAAGACAGUGUGAGUGGACAGCAGUAUGUAGAGCUGGCCGUCUCUCCGAAAGACACCUCGGCUAUCAUCAUCCGAAGGGUGGGCUUCCGUGACGAAGGCUGCUACACCUGCAUCUUCGACAUGCAUCCUUCUGGUUCAAAACAGGGCCAGACGUGCCUCACUGUGACCUCGCAUAUUUCCGCUGAAGGCAACAAAACAGCAGUGAGUGGCAAGAAGGCCUCUCUCUCGUGCUCCUAUGGAUUGCCUGAAAAGGUGGAGCAGAUAAUAUGGAGACACACCUCUGCACAAGGAGAAGCCACAGAGGUCGCCUCCUUUGCAAAGCGCAGUGACCCCAUGAUAGAGCCUCCGUUCCAGGGGAGAGUGUGGCUGAGCGCCUCCCUGUCCGACAGUCAGCUCACCAUCCAGCCGGUCACCAUCCAGGAUGAAGGCUGCUACACCUGCCUGUUCAACACACACCCCGAUGGGCCGAAGACCUCCACAGUUUGUCUCGCCACCUAUGUGCUGCCCAAACCUCAGGUGAGCUACAAGACCACGUCUCCAGGUGUGAUCGCAGCCAACUGCACCUCAGUGUCGCGGCCCCCGGCAGAGAUAGUGUGGAACGUGGAGAGGGAUAACCGCACCAUGGGCCCCCCUUUGACAACACAGAUCCCACAGAGCGACGGGACCACUCUGGUCAUCAGUACGCUGACCGUCCAAUCAGGGCUGCUGAAAGACGUGUCCAUCAAAUGCUUGGUGCACCACAAAGGGCUUGAGUCACCGAUUGCUGUAUCCAUGAACACUAAAAUUGGGACGGCUCUCACUAUCCUGAUCUCCGUCACUACGGUGGCUGCCCUGUUGGUCAUGUCCCUCUGCUUCUGCCUUUGGAAGUGUUUCUUACGCAAAGAAGCCGAUUAAUCUACAAGAUGAGACCAGUGGCUGAAAAGAAAAGGCAAUGUUUUUCAGAGCCGACCUUGCAGAAAAGUUUCCCUGCAUCUUCAUCACCAUCAUCAUCAUCAUCAUCAUCAUCAUCAUCAUCAUCAUCAUCAUCAUCAUCAUCAUCAUCAUCAUCAUCAUCAUCAUCAUCAUCAUCAUUAUCUAGGUACGAAGGAAAGAUGUCCUGACACACCUUUAUAGGAUGUCAUAUACAAUCCUAUUUAUGAACGCCAACUGUACAACGACAUUCACCUCUGCUCUUCCGCAUCUGACUCUUAUAUAAUCUCCAGGCUGUCCUCACAUGAAGUCAAUGAGGAAAUGCUGAGCAGAUAACUUUUUCUCUCUGGCUCUGUAAUUGAUUGAGUCCAUGACCACACUCUGCACAUUGCACAGCAAACAAAACAUUGCAUGUCCCUAAAAUACUUUCCUCUAUUUUUCUCUUUCUUUUACGUAGUCCUGAAAAGAUAUGGUUGGUAUUGUUCGAUUUUUCUUAUUCAACAAUAAGACUAAAACCAACAAUGAAUUGAUUCUACUACUAAAAGUCUGAAAUAUCAUACCCCUGCAUUGUUGCCUAAAAACUAUUAAAACUAAAUACUGAGCAACAUGUUGUACCAGUGACCAGAACACUGUAAUUUGUUGUAUUGUGUGUUUAUUUCCGGCUGGAUACUCACUAUUUAUAAGUAACAUUUACUUAAAACUACAGUGACCAGCUAUUCAUUCUAAAAUGCCUUAUUUUUUAAGGAUAACAUCUUAGUUAGUUCCCAACCAAACCAGUAUUGUAGAGGUUGGCUCCUGUUACAUUGGAUACUAGGAAAAAUACAGAAUAUUACCAGCCUUAUCCUUUACAGUAAAUAACAUAGCUAAUUGAAAUUAUGAGCUAAUCAUUAAGGUUUUACUUCCUGUACCUCAGCCGAAGACCUCCUUCACUUCUGUGUAUUGUUAAAGCUGGGUGGGAUCUUCAUUUGUUCAGCAUUGGCUGCAUACCUACUGUGUGUGUGUGUGUGUGUGUGUGUGUGUGUGUGUGUGUGUGUGUGUGUGUGUGUGUGUGUGUGUG